ACUUUAAUCUUUAUUUCUGAUCUGUUAGGCUGCAGUCAGGAAUGUCCUUUAGGUGUAAUCCAAGGGGCUGCAUUGUUGUCCACCUACUCACAAGUGGACAUGGGGGAACAAAAUGCCAGGCUUUUGUCAGAGGUUAUUUUCAGCUUGGUGAUAGCAAUGGCAUUGCUCAGAUCCCUGAAACUCUCAUUCCCCUCCCCUCCCAGCUUAUAGGGCUGACAGUGGUGGUCACUGCAUUUAAGGAGUGCAGGGACCCUCCUGUUCCAACUCUUAGAGACCUAAGGAAAGAGGGAGACACUUCAAGCAACUCUGGUUACCUCUCAGAGACAGGGAUGCCAAACUGGGGGGGUGGAGCCAAAUGUGGUGCCUGUGAAAAGACCGUGUACCACGCUGAGGAAAUCCAGUGCAAUGGAAGGAGCUUCCACAAGUCCUGCUUCCUCUGCAUGGCCUGCAGGAAAGCUCUGGACAGCACCACAGUGGCAGCUCACGAAUCCGAAAUCUACUGCAAAACCUGUUACGGGAGAAAAUACGGUCCCAAAGGUGUUGGCUUUGGACAGGGGGCUGGAUGCCUCAGCACUGACACUGGUGACCACCUGGGCUUGAACCUGCAACAGGGGUCACCAAAGCCUGCUCGCCCUUCUACACCAACUAAUGCUUCAAAGUUUGCCAAAAAGAUGGUAGACGUGGAUAAAUGUCCCCGUUGUGGCAAAUCAGUGUAUGCUGCAGAGAAGAUCAUGGGAGGAGGAAAACCUUGGCACAAGAUGUGUUUCCGCUGCGCUAUUUGUGGGAAGAGUUUAGAAUCCACGAAUGUUACAGACAAAGAUGGAGAGCUCUACUGUAAAGUUUGCUAUGCAAAAAAUUUUGGUCCCAAAGGAAUUGGGUUUGGUGGCCUCACUCAAGUGGAAAAGAAAGAAUGUGAAUGAGAAGAAGUGGAUGCAACAGUCUCUAAUUGAUGUUGAUGCCACCAAGUGAUAGCUGUCAAGUAAAACAUUAAACAUCAUAUAUUGCUAAGAACAUAGGGCAUUUGGGCAAGAUUUUCUACCUUGCAGGAAGAAUUUGUGAGCUUAUACCUUAAAUUCUUAGAUUAGAUUAAAAAGGUACAGUGAUAAAAGAAGGUUCAUGUCUGUUUUACAGUAAACAAAGACAAAAAACCCUUGUGUAAUAUUAUUGCUUCUUAAACUAGUAUUUAGCACAUUUUAGAUUGGAGUUUUAGAUUCAGCUUAGUGUCCCAUAGAGAUACCUUAUGGAGUGCAGGGUCUGAGUGUUCGAGUUAGACUGUAUUUUCCUUUGUCCACCAUGUUACUCUAUUCCUACCAAUCUCCUAGAUGUGUUUUGAACGUGUUGGCAUUUUGUGUUGUGACAAGGUAGAGGUUAUUCACUUUGAGACAAUUAAAAAGGGUUUGAAAUUCUUUCUAUCAAAGAAAAACAAAACUUUCCUAGAAUGCAAUGUUGUAAGUUUUGUUACUGUCUGUUUUCAAGCUACAAUAAAGUACUUACUGCUUCACAUUAUUUCCAUUU